ACAUAUGGGCAAUGCUGAAAACCAAUGGCCAAUCAGAGGCCCUGCCCAUGCCUUGGAUAUCAAACCCAAAGGGCAUUGAAGAACCACAGUACCCUUUUACAAACGUGACUAGCUUGUGUCCUUCUCUUCACAACAUCACCCGUAUACAACAGCUUCUGGGCAGCAAGCACAACUACGCGACCGAGUCAAAAUGUGAGGUCUUCGAAAUCUAUCAUGAUGGGAAAUCAUGUCCUGUUGGAAUUUGGACUCGGUUGGGCCCCUGUGAAGUGUCCGCCCACUUCGAGAAAUUAUCUACGCCCCCCGAGAAUCUCAAAAUGAGAGCAAUCAGUUUCUGUGAUUUGAAGACAGUUCCCAGUGCUGCUUUUGGCUUCAGGCUCAACAUGACAAGACAAGACACUCUCGUCAUGUUGAAUGCGCUGCAGGUUUGUCCUCAAUUUUGCCCCUCUCUGUUUGGGGAGCCUGACUACUGGGCGCCGGUUGUAAUUCGGUCACGAGAGAGGAGCGGCAAGGUCUAUCGGGCAGAAGCCCUGACUACGUAUAUCAUCACCAGUGCCGACGAUGACCCUUGGGUGUCUCGAGCCAAGAGUCGUCUUGCCGAGUAUUACCUCCGCACUGGUCCAGAGACGUCACUACAAGGAGCAGAGUCGCUAGAUCCGUUUCUUCUCCAGAGCAUCCUCUGUCACGAACAGUUAAUCGAAGCCAAAACCCUCAUUAGCGAGCUACGCGGGAAGCUCUCCAUGGUCUCGAAGGCCGUGACAGUGUACUCCCAGAGCCCUACUGACGGGAGCUUGCUCAACGCCAUCACCCAAAAGCUAUACGCCCUCUCGGAAGAAGCAGACGCGUUGUACAGAAGCAUCGAGGUUGGCUCAGAGGUGGCAACCCACUGCGUCAGCGCCCGGCAGGAACUGCUGGAGGCCCAGCCCAGCCGCGUCUUCGCCGCCAGCAACGUGGGCGAUGCGUUGAACUACCUCGUCGAUUCCCUUGACUCGCAGAAGCAAUACAUCCAGGGGUACAAGAACAGCAAGGAUACAGCCAUGAGUCUUGUGUUUCACCUUCUGACGCAGCAGGAUAGCCUAACGAGCACGGAGAUAUCCCGGGACAUGAAGAACGAUAGCGCGAGUAUGAAGACGAUCGCGGUGCUGACGAUGGUGUUCCUUCCCGCGACAGCCGUAUCGAGCUUCUUCGGGAUGGCUUUCUUCAACCUAUCGGAGACGGGGCAAUUUGUAGCAAGCCGCGAGAUAUGGAUGUUUGCAGUGACUUCUGUCCCGUUGACGGCUCUCAUUUUGAGCCUAUGGUUCUCUUCGGGCGAAAUGGCCAUUGUCCACGACCACUUUGAACGACUCAAGUUA